AUGGCGGGCCGCAUGCGCUGUAUGAUUCAAGGUUGCGAUGCCUGGGAGUUUGACCCGGAGGUAUCCGCCCCUUUCUCAGUCCCCGCCCUCCAGUGCGCCACGUCUGUUCAUAUGUGCCGCAAGUGCACGGGCGACUUUGCCCAGGUGGCAGCUGCUGCUCGCAAGUACAAAGACGCCCCCGUCUUGAAACCCAAUAUGUUUGUGACGCAGGCCAUCUCCAGUCCGCACUACCUCGGCUUGCAAGAGGGUGAGAUGUGUGAUGUGCUCGACAUCCUCGAGGAUGGCAGCUCCAUCAUUGUACGAGCCCACGGCAGUGGCCUCGUCGGUUAUUUCAAUCUCGACUUUGUAGCAACCGAAGAAGAGAUUGCAGCGCGAUUCAUGGAGGAGGAGGAAAAGAAGCGUGUCGAAGGCGCUGAGCGUGAAAAGGCUGAGCAACGCCGGCGCGAGGAGGAAUACGAGGAAAUGCUGCGUCAGCGGAUGAAGCAAAAGGCCCAAGAGGACAAAGAGCGCCGCGCUUACGAGGAACAACAACGGCGCAUUGAGGCAGAGCGCAUGCAGCAAGAGUUUGAGGCGAUGCAGCUGGCUCAAGCCGAACGUCAGAAGCGGAUGGCUGCUGAAGAAGCCCGACGCAAAGCCGUAUGUGCCGUCGCCUCGCUUUGCCUCUUGGCAGAAGAACAGCGCUUGGCUGCCGAAAAGGCUGUGCGGGAAGAAGAGGCGCGGCGCAUGAAGGCUGAAUGGGACCGCCAACAGGACGAGUAUCAGCGCCAAAAGAAAAUGGCACAGCUGCCUGCUUGGAAGCGCGACUUGUUGGAGCGACAAGGCAAGCUGUGA